GAACCGGGAAGAAGCAAGAGCUCAAGGGCCGCGGAUCGACACACGUACCAUGCGAAGCUGUCAGAUCAGCUCUACCUCCUCGGAAGGCAAUUUCACACGGAAGCACUUUUAUCAUCUACUGUAGACUGGUUUACCGGUCGCGGUCAGGAGUUCGAGCCGACAUGGAUCGGCCGGAUAUGUCAAGUCAGUACCAGUCGUUCAAGCCAGGCCGUGGAUGCAUCCAAGACAUCUCUUGGAGACGGCUAGGUAUUCGGCUUCAGUAUCCCAGCUUUUGAAAAAUACUUCACCAUUUAUAUGGCAUGGCACAGGAAAAUUCAAAAGUGAGGGACACGCAUCCAUCACCUGUGGGAAAACUACAGACUCAUUCCUACUCAAUCGUCUUCAAGGCCUUCAAUAGAUUAUCGGCCUCCAUCGCAAAAAGAAAUAAAAACAACAGACGUCUAAACAUCUCUUCG